GGUCAACAAUCAAUCAAUCCGUAGCGGCAAUGAAUUCCACAUUCCCGUCUCCCUCUCGAAUAAUCUAUAUAAAGCGGAGUCGAUUAUUCCACCUACUUCGUCACAGUUCACACCAUCGAUCCAUCAAGCUAGUGAUCAGCAAGGGUAGCCAGCAACGAUGGCGCUCGCGAGGUGGAGGGCAGCAGCCUCCGUCAUGGCCCUGGCGGCCAUCGUGAUCGGGCAGGCGGCGGCGGCGGGGAACAAGACCGGCCAGGUGACCGUGUUCUGGGGCCGGAACAAGGACGAGGGCACGCUCCGCGAGGCCUGCGACUCCGACCUCUACACCAUGGUCAUCAUCUCCUUCCUCGACGUGUACGGCCACGGCCGGUACCACCUGGAUCUCUCCGGCCACCCGCUCGCCGGCAUCGGCGACGACAUCAAGCACUGCCAGUACAAGGGCAUCCCGGUGUCGCUCUCCGUCGGCGGCUUCGGCUCCGGCUACUCGCUCCCGUCCAAGAAGGCGGCGCUGGACCUCUUCGACCACCUCUGGAACGCCUACUUCGGCGGGAACAAGCCCGGCGUCAGCCGCCCCUUCGGCGACGCGUGGCUCGACGGCGUGGACCUGUUCCUGGAGCGCGGCACGGCGGCGGACCGGUACGACGUGCUGGCGCUGGAGCUGGCCAAGCACAACAUCCGCGGCGGGCCCGGGAAGCCGCUGCACCUGACGGCGACGCCGCGGUGCGGGUUCCCGCCUGCGGGGUACCUGAAGCGGGCGGUGGACACGGGGAUCUUCGAGAGGGUCCACGUCAGGAUCUACGACGACCCCGACUGCGAGGCGUACUGGCACCGGGAGUGGGACGAGUGGGUCGCGGCGUACCCGGCGACGAGGUUCUACGUCGGGAUGACGGCGUCGGAGAUGACGCACGGGUGGGUCCACCCCAAGAACGUCUACUACGACGUCGCGCCGUCGGUGCAGAAGGCCGACAACUACGGCGGGUUCAUGAUCUGGGACCGAUACUACGACAAGCUCACCAACUACACCAGCAUCGUCAAGUACUACGCUUGACGAGCUUGUCCUGCAGUAUGAUCUGUCCAUCCAGCAUCCAUCCAUGAAGUGUUUGUGUGUAUGUGUGCGCUUGCCAGAAAGAAUAAAGGGAAGAAUAAACAGCUGAUUGUAUAUCCAUGAAGUGUUUGUGUGUAUGUGUGCAGUGUGCUUGAUGUCCGUGGGCCGAAAGUAAAGCCCAUCCACUUUCCAGUGCCUUUCCGGCCCAGUUUCCGAUCCACCCAUGCAUAAAACAACUAGAAGAGUGGCCCAAUGGAGAAGUUCUGGCCCGAGUGAAUAUCUAGAAAUGUAGAAAUUUUGCAUUUUAGAUUGUUCUAA